AUGAAUUCACUUCCGAUAACGGGAAAUGUCUUGAAACGAUUCGUCCAGGCUGCCGUUCUUCUUCAUUCAAUCGACCCUGUUCGAGGAGAGCCUAUAGCAUAUAGCCUCGACCAAGAUUCACAUGAGCUUGCAGUCUCGCGGGAGAGUCUGCUAAAGCGCAAAUUCCUCGAUUCGGUCGCUCUUAUUUGCGCUACAAAAAAGGACGCGGGCAGUGUCUCUGCAGCGUGUAUAGAGGAGGGCCACCCAGAUGGGACUGUACUGAGGAUCGCCAGCAAUGCGGGUGUACGCAAUGAUGUUUUAUCGCAAAUCCAGGAAUUGGUUGGUCUACUAAAUGACCUUUCGAGGACAGGCGAGUUUACAACAUACCAUAACCCUAUUGACGAGAAGGACAUCUUACUUUGUAUUAUUAGACUGGACAUGUCUAAGAUCCGAGUAUACUUGAAAACCAUUGCGGAUGCCAAUAUCGCCACUAAGUACACUAUCUCGACUGUGGAGGCGAGCUUGGAAAAUUCUUCAGAACCUAGCUCUGGGCAACAUACUCUCCAACAUUUUCUGGAUUGGUUCGAACAUGUUUAUAAAAUUGAUGACGCGCCCUCGAAUUCUAAGCCAGAGAGCUUAUUGCAGCAUUUGGCCUGGGCUCAAGAGGCGCGGAAAUAUUCUUCUGAUUUCUUAAAGCAGAUGUUUCCCAUGCCAGGGCAUUGGUUGCCUCGAUGGAUUUGCUGUAUCCUGAAAUUGGGUCGCUACAGUAUUGCCGCCAAAGCGAUGACGCACCUUGCUACGGAGUUUCCUUCCCUAUUUAAUCCCAUGACGGUGGAACCUGUUGUAGUACCUGAGACAACGGCCUUCACCCCGCCUACUGGAGACUCUUUGCAAUGUGUCCUACGGAGGAUCGCCGGGCAUCACGCGGAUGAGUAUAUUUCCCGACUCGGCAGAAUUUGGAAUACAACGGAUGCAGAACACUACUUCCUACGAGCCUGCUCUCGAAAGCUUACCGUCCAUGCUGAGAUACAACUUCUAAACUUCUACGAUCACAACAAGCAACUCAAGCCCUUAUUUCAUUUUAUCGGCUAUAAAGGUCUUAUCAACAAUUUACGCAAGAUCAUGGAGGCUGCAGCGAACCAGGAUCUCGAGGGCCGACUAGGCUCUCGACGACGAACCAUCCCCGCGGAUUCGACUGCCGGAGUUUCAUUGACUGGCCUAAUCAUUGUCACCCCAACACGGCCGACCACUUCCAAUUUGGACUUAGCGAGGAGGGAACAGUCAGUGCCUACUUCCGUGGCUUCGGAAGUAGACAUAUCCAGCCUUGACAAUUCUUUGCAUCGUGGGGAACCCGAUGACAGGCUUGUACUCGCUACUUCAGGAAAUCCACCCGAUGGCCGAAGUCAACAGACUUUUCCUUCUGUCACUUCACUGCAAUUUGUCUCAAUAGCCAUCCACUUCAUGAGGGCUGAUGAUCCUACCAGGCAAGAUAUAAUUUGCGUAAGGGAUCUCAUCAGCCCAUUGACUAAUGUUCCCUCAUGGGGCAAGUUGAUCAGCAUUCUCGCAACGGAACACAAGCACGGGCUGAGCUUCAAAGAAGACCAGGACUAUCUGAUGGUUGAUGGGCGGAUACGAGUAGCUGAUGAAAGGCAGUUUCUCGCUUGCCUUCAAUAUCAGUAUAAUUUGAAUAUCUUGAGCUUUAGAGCUUAUGUUCACAGAUUUCCGGGACCUAAAGCGGUACAGCCUAUAAGUCGUAGCGUGUCAAUCUGUACCGCCGGCGAGCAAGAGAAGCUAUCUAAGAAGCGGAGGAUAGAUGAAAGGGAUGUUAUGUGA